AGCUGUUUGUUUCUGUUGUAUUUUGUUUCUACCCAUCAAAGACAACGGGUACCAGGUAGCAUCCAAAGAAGAUGCGCCGGCUAUCAGAUUCCAUGCUAGAUUCGGAGACUGCCAAACCCUUGGUAGAGUGGGUGCGAGAUCAACGCGAAUCGAUUCGUCCCAUGAGCAGCCAGUCCAUGCAUGACAGUCGGAGAAGAGAAGAAAAUGACGGUGAAGACAUUCGAAUGACACAGUCGGAUCGGGAAGAUCAUUAUCGUGGAUACAUUCCCAUGGUGGAGACUCCCAAGGAAGUAUUUUUUGCUCCACGGUUUGAUUUUGAUACUGAUGCGGAGGAGAAGAAGAAAAAGACGAUUGAACGCAUUGUGGUGGAUGACGCCUCGCUCGAACUGGACGCAGCCAACAUGACAACUUUGACAUCCAAGGAUCUGCUGUUGGGGAACCUCCAUCAUGACGAUGAAGAGGAUGGCAUUACGCUGGAUGGAGACGACUUUUUCACACCCGUCAAUGGAGAGAAUCAAGAGAACAAGAGCCCUUUGAAGAAGGAUUUCAACACAAAAGUGAAGAAUAGUAACACCAAUGACAAUGAGACUGUCCACCAGCAAAGUUUCAGUAGUGACCAUCAAGAACUCGAGCAUCUGGCGCGAAAGGCAGCUGAUGAUGUUUCUAGCGAAAUUGAAAAGGUGGUUGAUAGAGCCAAUCUCGAGACCAACGGACAAAGAGUUGCCGCAGAUGACAUGGCAACUAUGGCCGCCAUUGAGGUGUUUUCAAACAGCAUCUUGGCUUCAAGAGCAGUCAACACCACACCAAACAACGACAAGGAGAAGUCAGACACAACGACAACGGAAUCUGCCAAACGAAAGCGACGUCUCAGCCCGCCCAGUGGAGAUGAUGACAAGAAGCAACCUGGUCGAAACGUUCAACCUGCCUCUACGGGAGAAAGUCAGCUCAAACGCUUUGCACCCAGCCCCAAGUCGGAGGCUCCUGCUAGCACUGAAACGGAGGUUGAAACUACAAGGACACAAGUGACUGUAGCUUUUUUGGAAAGUGCAGGAUCAGGCACAACGAGUCUCAAGCCAAAAUCAGCAGGGGUUGCGCGGGAGAGCUGCAAACAAAAGCCAGUAAUGGUUCAACCCAUUUUGCCUCCUCGGAAUGCAAGUGUUAAACCAGAGAAAGAGAAGGCACUGCAGGCUUCUUUUUUCAUGGAACCCAAAGGCCAACUUGCGACAACCAAAUCAGAGGCCAAGGUUCUAGAACCAGUAGCGCAUGCAGAUACUCCGAAAAAGAUUACCGUAGACCCUGACAGUUUGAAGAAAGAGCCACCUGCUUCUCCUCUGGUUUGUGCUGCAUCAGUACGCGAAAGACAAAAGCAAGAGCCACCCACAACACCAUGCAUGCAACCCGAAGCGGUGCGUGAAAGUUCGAGGACACUCAAUCGAGCCCUGGAGCCCGAACCCGCCGGGGAAGGAAUUGUGCCUGCACGGUCCGACGAAGACUUCCGUCAGCCUGAACUGAUGCCCACGACAACGGAAGACACAGACGAAAGCAACAGGAACAGCCCUCGCGAUGAAGGAAGCGGCACCACUGAAGCUAUUUCCUACUUGCUGCGCUAUGAGGCAAUGUUCACGCAACAAGAAGACGAAGAAUCCUCCACCAUUCAAUACAUACUUCCUCUACUACGACGCCUGGAGACCCUCAGCAAAAGCUCUUCAAACAAGAAACAAUCAAAAGAACACGUUGACGGAAGCAGCGAUCUCUGGAAGCGGUCCAUCACAUACGUGGAGUUGAAACGGGCCCUUACAGCUUUGGAAAAUGGAGAGGGAAACACAGACUUUCUGACUCAGGAUAGUCAACUGAUGAUGGUUUUGCACGUCUUGACCAAGCGUACGGAACUCAAUGACGAGUUUGAUGGCGAUGAAGCUGUCUCGAUCACGUGGGCUGAAAUAAUCCACUGUUACAGGAUUUGUAUUCUUGGAAUGUUGACAUUGAAGCAUUUACCAAAGCAAACCCAAGUCAGAUCACGGGCCAAGGAACGCAUUCUGUCGCAACUUUCCUUGUUCGAGAUGCCGGCGCAAAAGUUGAUGAGUGAAAGCGGGGCCAUUGACAGCAGUGCCCUGGAUGCAGCUUCUCGGGCCCUUCGAACGUGCGGCGAGAGCCAUGCUCCAAAGAGGACUGGUUGGAUUCAGAAUAACAGGGUCAUUGCUGCUUCAGCAUGCAUUUGUGCGCUUGGUCUUGCCUUCACAGCAGGAAUGAUGUUUCAUCCAUCCAGAUUGGCCAAUGGUGUUGCGGCUAAUCAGGCCAGUUGCCAACUUGAGGAUGGCUGGUUGACUGUCCACGCCGCUGACACAAUGCCAGUGGUUCCACCAUCGUCGAUUGCUGUGGAAGUGUUAAACACUAGCAAGACGACAUCUUCCUCAAGCAAGCCUGUUUUCCCACCUGCUCGAGAACGCCUGCUGUCAAACAUCCAACAAAAAGAGGUUCCAGUCCAGCAAUUAUCGGAGGUGGAUGUUGACAAGGAAGCUUUAGUGCCGCAAACAACCAAUUCAUCAUACAACGCGACAACAGUUGAAGAAGAAAAGCAGCCAUCAACUCAGAAUCCUGCUGCAAGCAUCUGGAAGUCGAUACCCCAGGGACAACAGCUCGCCGUAUCCGCUGUGGUCGGCGCAUCGGUUGGAGUGUAUGUGCCUCCCAAACUUAUGAUGGUGGCUCGAGUUGUCGGCCAAAGCUUGUCACUGGGUAACAUUGGGAUUGUUCCUGCGAGUCUCGUUGUCGUUGGGGUGCUUGCUAUUGCGGCAAAUGUAGCAAAAGGAAUCAGGUUCCUUGUGCAACGAUUUGUCUUGCGUAAACAGAGAGGCAUGGCGUAGAUCUCAAUUUCACCUACUUCAUCUCAUGUCUUCUUUAGUAUCAAGCAACACAAAAAGGACUGUACGCAAAGAGGGUAGCUAGCUAGCAUACAAAUAAAAUAGUAGAAGAGCAAACUCUUAUUGCGCAUC